UGAGUGGCAUUAAGGCCGGGCUAGAAGAAAGCAGGACUGAGAAAUGAAGUUGUGCUAAAAAGCCCUUUUGGCUAUCCAGAAGUUUAUUAGGCAUUUCUCAGCCGGAAAUUAAGGGAUCUUCAUUAAUAGCCCCUCUUCAUCCCAGAUUAGAGCCCAGGGCGAACCUGGGAGAAACCGAAGCGAGAUGGGACGGAGGAAAACUCCAUCGCCCGCGGCAGGGGAAGCUAACUUCUUCUCCACCUUAGGAGGAUCUUCCUGAGUUUCAUUCAAGCGCCGAGAUUGUCACCUUGGGCGCGGGGACAGAAGUAGCCUGAAGGAACGGUCCCUGAGUCUGCAGAUUCCCGGCCACUUUUUUUUCCGCAAAGGGAGAGGAAGAGCUAGAGAGGCCUGGAGAUUCUCAAACGUUUGAAGAGACGCUAUCAUGUCUCUUUUGCCCGGAAUUACAUUUUCAGCCACGACAGGAAGAAAGCAUCAAGGACUCCCUGACUGGAUUGCUGAGCUCUGAAGCCAUCUUGCCGCUCUCCUCUCUGCCAGUCGCUUUUGGAUUCCCAGAGCUGGAUUCGCAACUUUUACAGCCCAUUGAUAAUCAGCUCCUUAAUAAUAAUAAUAAUAAUAAUAAUAAUAAUAAUAGAUGGUCUUGCACCUAUCACCAUCCCGCACCCUGAAGCUUAAGCAUUCGCGCGCCCGCAAUUUAAAAUGACUUUGUGAUUUCAAAACAAAGCAACAAACAAUUUCACGAUGCUUUGCUGGAACUGACCGAGGCGCCGGCACGCACACUUUUGUUUAUUUUUUUGGAUGCAUCUGUGGAGCUUACACUGUCAGAAAGAAAGGGGAAGAAACCACCAUGAAAGAGAAGUCCAAAAAUGCGGCCCGGACUAGGCGGGAGAAAGAAAACAGCGAGUUUUACGAACUGGCCAAACUGCUGCCUUUGCCUUCCGCCAUCACCUCGCAGCUGGAUAAAGCCUCCAUCAUCAGGCUCACCACCAGCUACCUGAAGAUGCGGGUGGUUUUCCCCGAAGGAUGUGUUUGGCUGGGAACCGCUGGCACCUUUGUCAACACGUCGAGGCUCAGAGCUCAGCUGCUUGUUCCAGUAAAACAAACAAUGCAUUUUCUCUCUCCGCCCCACGUCUCCCUCCCGGCAAAGCCACGACUUGGAGAAGCCUGGGGACACGCGAGUCGAACCAGCCCGCUGGACAACGUUGGGCGCGAGCUGGGAUCUCACCUUUUGCAGACUUUGGACGGUUUCAUAUUUGUGGUAGCUCCGGAUGGCAAGAUCAUGUACAUCUCCGAAACCGCCUCUGUUCAUUUGGGUUUGUCGCAGGUUGAGCUGACAGGCAACAGCAUUUACGAGUACAUCCACCCAGCCGACCACGACGAGAUGACCGCCGUCCUCACGGCCCACCAGCCGUACCAUUCCCAUUUCGUUCAGGAGUACGAGAUCGAGCGCUCCUUCUUCCUAAGGAUGAAAUGCGUCUUGGCCAAGAGGAACGCCGGGCUGACUUGCGGAGGCUACAAGGUCAUUCACUGCAGCGGCUACCUGAAGAUCCGCCAGUACAGCCUGGACAUGUCUCCCUUCGACGGCUGCUACCAAAACGUCGGCCUGGUGGCGGUCGGCCAUUCCCUGCCCCCCAGCGCCGUGACGGAGAUCAAGCUGCACAGCAAUAUGUUCAUGUUCCGGGCCAGCCUGGAUAUGAAGCUCAUUUUCCUCGAUUCCCGGGUAGCCGAGCUGACCGGUUACGAGCCUCAGGACCUGAUCGAGAAGACGCUUUACCACCACGUCCACGGCUGCGACACUUUCCAUUUGCGCUGCGCUCAUCACCUGCUGCUAGUGAAAGGUCAAGUUACCACAAAAUACUACCGCUUCUUGGCCAAGCAAGGCGGCUGGGUCUGGGUGCAGAGCUAUGCCACCAUUGUCCACAACAGCCGAUCUUCACGGCCUCAUUGCAUCGUCAGCGUCAAUUACGUGCUCACGGAUACAGAAUAUAAAGGACUACAGCUCUCAUUGGAUCAAGUUUCAGCAACAAAGCCAUCAUUCCCAUAUGCAAACUCAACACCAACAAUCACUGACAACAGAAAAGGAAGCAAGUCACGUCUGCCGAGCACAAAGUCAAAAUCUAGGACAUCUCCAUAUCCACAGUAUUCUGGAUUUCAUACAGAAAGAUCUGAAUCAGACCAUGAAAGCCAGUGGGGUGGCAGCCCACUGACCGACACUGCCUCUCCACAAUUGAUGGAUCCCAUUGAAAGGCCAAACUCUCAGCAUCACGAUGUCUCCUGUGCCUAUAGACAAUACUCAGACCGCAGUGCUCUCUGCUAUGGUUUUGCACUUGACCAUUCCAGGUUGGCUGAUGACAGACACUUCCAUACUCAGGCCUGUGAAGGCAGCAGGUGUGAGGCUGGCCGAUACUUCCUUGGCACACCACAGUCUGGGAGGGAAGCGUGGUGGGGUUCCCGAUCUGGCCUUCCCUUAACCAAAUCUUCUCCUGAGAGCAGAGAAGCCUAUGAAAACAGCAUGCCUCAUAUAACUUCCAUACACCGAAUUCACGGAAGAGGGCACUGGGAUGAAGAAAGCGUUGUCAGUUCCCCAGACCCUGGUUCUGCUAGUGAAUCAGGUGACCGAUACCACUCUGAGCAGUAUCAGGGCAGCCCACACGAGCCCAGCAAAAUCGAGACUCUCAUAAGAGCGACUCAGCAAAUGAUUAAAGAAGAAGAAAACAGGCUGCAGUUGCGGAAGUCGACUCCCGAUCAGCUGGUUUCCAUUAACGGAGCAGGGAAAAAGCACUCUGUUUGCUUUGCAAGCUACCACCACCACCAGCAACAACAGCUGAGAGGAGAUGCCUGCAGGGUCCCUAGUGUCACCAACACGUCUCCCUGCGAACACACACAGCAACAAGAUGGGAAGAUGAUGAGCCCCCAUGACAAUGACUAUGACAACAGCCCCACGGCACUGUCUAGAAUAAGCAGCCCCAAUUCUGACCGAAUUUCUAAAUCCAGUUUGAUACUGGCUAAGGACUGCCUUCAGUCAGAAGUGUCGCCUCAUCAAACUCCAGGGGAUAGCUCAGCAGAAUCCCCAAACUAUUACAAUUCCCAUCGGCAGUACUUUGAUAAGCAUGCAUACACGCUAACAGGAUAUGCUCUGGAGCACCUUUACGACAGUGAAACCAUCAGGAACUAUUCUUUGGGUUGCAAUGGGUCACACUUUGAUGUGACGUCUCACCUACGGAUGCAGCAAGAUCCAGCACAGGGACAUAAGGGGACAUCUGUUAUAAUAACCAAUGGAAGCUGAUGGGUGUUUCCCAACCCCCUUUUCAUUUCUCUUCUUUUUUAAAAAAGUUUGUGCUAGGAAAAUAUCUUUGCAGUAGUAACAGCAGGCACACGUGUUUUGAUACCCUUGCUGUUACUAGCAUUUGAUAAAACUACAAUGCACUAGAGAGAAUACUUGUAAGGUACUGGGGAAGUGUUGCUUUAUCUAAGUUACUGUUGAAAAUGCACUGGUCUCAGUUAAGGUUACAGUAGUCAGAUGAAUCACAAGCUGAUGGUACAUUGUGGUGGUGGAGAGCUAUGCUGGGAGCUUCUGGGGUACAUCAAGUGAGCAGAUUUUUCAUUGUGUGGA